CUCGGAUAUCGCAGAUUCUCAAAUAGCAGUAUCGGAUAUCUAUACUACCAGCACGCCUUCGGUCACCGAGCCUGAUGAUGCUCCCCCUCAAGACGACGCGCCCACGUCCCCCAUCAUGACGUUCGUUGACAUUCCUGAGCUCAACUGGGCAAUUCCCGAAAGCCCGACAAUUCGAGAGCCAAAGGCCGUGGGGAUGCAGCCCGACUUCGUCGUUUGGAACUUCUACUUCACGGAGAUUGCGUGGGACCCUGCUACUCGCACGGUGGCUAGAUUGGGCCCAUCGCGUCCAGCACCCACUGUCGGGUCUGACAAUGACGUCCGACCCGCAUGGCGAUACGAAACGCUGGAUUACAAGAAACGUUGCAGGACGAAGAAGACACUAUGGUAUGGCGGAUACUUUGUCUCGUUGAUCGUCCUUUGCGUCCGGUUUUACCUGCUGGCGAUUACGAUCAUCCGUGUGGUGCGUUCGUUGGCUCCCAUCCCGGGGCUGAUUGGACAAGCCUGGCGCCUUCUUGGAGACGUACGUCGCCCGGUCCAAUGGGUCGUUACUCGUCGUCAACCCGAGUAUCGUUAGGCACGUAGCAGGAGAUGACAGUGAUAUAUCGAUCUUCGCAGAUUCGUACUGGAUACGUUACUGCGAUGCUUUGGUGCACCUCU